AUGUAUUUUGAGGCACACAUUUGGCAAAUCAUCUUCAUUCGUUCAUUGGCCUAUCACUUCUUCACGGGGCUCCGCGCGGACAAGUUGCGCGGGAUGAUGCGCGGAUGGACGCAAGGCGGACGCUCGACUGGCCAGCAACAGCAGCAGAGCGGCGGAAUCAGUGGAAGCGGUAUCGGCGGCGGCGGAAUGGGGGGUGGUGGCAUGGGCGGCGGAGGAAUGGACGGCGGCGGAAUGGGCAGCGGAAGCAUGGGUGGCGGCGAAAUGGGCGGCGGCGGAAUGGGCGGCGGCGGAAUGGGCGGAGGCGGAAUGGGUGGCGGCGGAAUGGGCGGCGGCAGCAUGGGUGGCGGCGGAAUGGGCAGCGGAAUGGGUGGUGGCGGAAUGGGCGGCGGCGGAAUGGGUGCCGGUGGAAUGGGCAGCGGAAUGGGCGGCGGCGGAAUGGGCAGCGGCGGAAUGGGCGGCGGCGGAAUGGGCGGCGGCAUGGGCGGACCUGGGUCAUCUGCUCCCGGAUCACAAGCAGCCAUGGGUCGUGGGGGGGGCAUGGGCGGCGGCGGAAUGGGCGGCGGAGGGAUGGGCGGCGGAAGGAUGGGCAGCGGAGGCAUGGGCGGCGGAGGCAUGGGCGGGUCAGGGUGGUUUGCUCCAGGGUCGCAGGCAGCACCCGGCCAGGGUGGACCUGGGAUGGGCGGAGGGAUGGGCGUAGGGAUGGGGGGAGGGAUGGGGGGAGGGAUGGGUGGAGGGAUGGGCGGAGGGAUGGGCGGAGGGAUGGGCGGAGGGAUGGGCGGAGGGAUGGGAGGAGGGAUGGGCGGAGGGAUGGGGGAAGGGAUGGGUGGGCCUGGGGGCAACAUGGGAGGCGGUAUGGGCGGACCACUGUAG